UGUCGUCCCGUUACAGCGUUGGAGUCAGUGUGGGCCUCAUCACAGUAAGUGAGAGGUGGCUGGGUUUCAUGUGUUGACUGUUUUAGUGCGGUGUUUUUACGAUUCCUGGUUGCUGCUAAAACAAGAAGCGAUGACGCUAGUAAUACUGCUAGCUUUGAUGACGGGGUUGUGUGUCGGCCUCCCACACCAUGACUUCGAUGCGGCAGAAAUAAUGCUAGAUAGCUUGUCGGAAGCGGAGCUAGACCAGCUCUUGGCGGACAAGCUGGAGGAACUCCAAGUUGGAAUCUUGGAUUCCUAUAAGGAACACCUCCGAGCACACGAAAAUACACUCCAACAACUACAUCGAAGUCGCCGAGCCUUGCCCCAACGUCCCGUCAUCCCUGCUGACUAUUGGCAUGGUUACGUGUUUGGAACUUUACCUACAAGAGAAAGGACGGUAGUCGACGGCGUGACCGUGAACAAGGUUCAAAAUAUAAACACCAUCCAUGCAGUUUAUCCAAUCGAUCUUCCUAGCACAAGGGCCAUUUACAAGAAUGGCUUGGGGCACGGAUACAUCUACAAAGACGGGAAAAUGAAGCUACUUAUGGUCCGUAAUAUGUGGACAAAUUCCAUGUCUGGAUGUGCAUGUGGAAGUAACUCGACCGACACGAGUUGUGCCUGCUGUGCUAACGGUGGAAGACUUUGCUUACCUAGUGAAGGUCUCCAGGGUAACAUUUGUGUUGGAGGCACUGGUGACCUUGCGUUUGAGUGUUCUCAAACAGGUAUUCGACCUCUUACCCUCGAGGCAGCAGUAGCCUUUGAUUACAAUGCUGAAGGACUUGCCCGUUCACAAAGUCACCGUGAAGUAGUAAUAACGGCUGAAGGCGAAAUUGUUACGUUUUACAAAAUGGAUGAACAUGGUCUGCAAGAACUGCAUACCCAAAAAGGUCACAACUACAUAAAUAUUGGCCAAAAUAUAACUCACUUGGGCCUCGGAGAGAUCUAUACAGAAGAGUAUGGGAUGCUUGCCAGAAAGCACUUCCUCUUUUUCUUUGGUAAAAAUGACACGAGUAAAGUGUACUUCCAGGUUGUGGUGAAUAGUACCACUGAUAACUUGCAAACUGGCCUCUUAACACCUUGGGAAGAUCAUGGUUCAGAUAUGAAAGUCUGGCAAAAUGGUGCCCAAUUAAUAAUGGGAGUUCUGAGUGGCACUAACCUGCACAUACACGAGCUGUUGACGGACCGGUGGGGAAGGCAACAGCUUGUCUUCGUUCAAAAUGUAGCACUUCCAAGUGAUGUGGUAUACUGGAAGAGUUAUUCAUCAGGAUUUGAUAAGUUUCUGAUUGCUGUGACUCCAAACCUUGCACGUGUAUACCUCCUGAAGGAAGGACUCUAUAAGCCUUUGCAGGACUUGAUGCCUGGUAGUCUUGGAGCUUUCAAGGACAUUGUACCUCUCCAGAUUCCAUCAUGUAAGGAUGAUGUAAUUCUUCUGACGGGUUCAGGAACCACUCUUGUUAUUUUUGUAUGGAACAAUGUAGAUGGGAAAUACUUUAAGGCCAAUGAGACCACUCUAUCAGAAAGCAUCACUGGAUGGGAGCAUGGCUUUGGAUCUGUAGAAGUAGCAACGGCUGCAAUUCCAACUGUGAUAGUACAAGCAGCAUCAGGUGUUGCAGCAAUAAAGGUAACAUCCAGCCUCCAUGACAUAGUGGAUCGAGAGGUACAAGAAAGCCAGGAAUUGCAACUUGCAAAGACCUACAUAGAGAACGAGUACACGAGACAGACUACCGUCAUGUCUACUAUGCAAAAUAGAGUGGAUAAUGCAAUUAAUGUACAUACUACAACAAAAUUAUUCGGCGACUACACAAUAAACAAGAUUAUUGUGGAUGGGACUUUGGCAACAAAAGACUUGGAAGCUGUUGACAUAACCUUACCAGGCACCGACUUUGCUUCGGGUGUAUCAUAUGAUGAUUACAAAGCCCGUGUUGCCAAUAUUAGUAGCUCAUCGACCUGGCUUGACAAUCUAAAUACUACAAUGAUACAAUUUUCUGCAAGGUUGGAAGAUGCAGUCAAGGCUUCAGGAGUUAACAGUAAGGUAACUGGACUAAAGGAAGUGUUAGAUGGGUUAACUGUAAGUGACCUUUCAACCACUGAAGUGUAUGUUCAGGAAGUGGUGGAUAAGAAUGACCAAGACUUCCCUCUAACUCAAUACCUAGAAGGCUUGAUAAGUUUCAGUGAUGCCCGCAAGAUAACUGGAAAGAAGACCUAUCUAACUAGUCUUGAGGUUACUAACCUUGAGACUCCUUCUCUGGAUGACCUUCCCAUUGGUGACAUUGUGACUACAACAGGACAAUAUAAUGUUAUGGGUACAGUAAGCUUCCCCACACUGAAUGCUGGUGAUGUAAUCCUCCCUACUAGUGGAACUGUUGGGGGCAUUGAUCUAUCGAAUGCUGUGCUGUUGAGUGGACCAGCUAAGUUGGGUCAUGUUGCAUUCGACAAGAACAUGAGUGUAGUGCAAGACUUGAACACAGGUAACAAUGAAAUAGAUGGAGUUGUAGUUAACAAUCUGUACAGAAAUGCUUUGACAAAAGCGGGUGGAGAGGUAAAAGGGCCCCUUACCUUCACUAAUGAUGUAACUGCAAAGUCCCUUACUGCUUCGUUGCUAUCUGGGGUUAGCUCGUCAGACUUCUUAACCUAUACUGUCUUCAAGGAUGAGGAUAGCCAGCUGACAGGCCGGAUAAAGUUGCCAACACUUACCACCAAAGCAUUGCAAGUACAAGGGAGUGUCAAUGGCAGGGUUUUCCCAACUGAUCUGCCCCUUAAAACUGACGCUACAUUGAACCUGGGUGUAAAGGCCUUCAAUGAUCUGACCUGUGUAGAUCUUACAGUUGACAGUGGUGUUACUGUGAAUGGUGUCGAGUUUGAUAAACUAGUUGCUCUUCACAGACCUCAAAUAAUUACUGGGAACAUUACCCUUGCACAACCUGUAAAUAUACUAGGAAAUCUAGAUGUUUCAACAAGUAUUGUGAAAGGAAUGGACUUUGAUGAACUCAACAGGAACUUGACAGCAAUCCUGAACCCACAAAACAUAUUUGAUGUUAUAUUUAAAGAGACCGUGUCUCUACCAACUGUAGUGUAUGGUGGUAAACUUGGAGGUCUAAAUCUAGUCGACCUUGCAGGUGAUAUAAUCUACACGUCUGAUAGUACUGCUCUAGUAACUGGCACCAAGACCUUUAAUGCUGAUCUUCAUAUUCAUAAUGCUAUGUUCAUGAAAACCUUUAAUGGUUUCAGGUUUGAAGAAUUUGUAACUGUUAAUGAUGCUAAAACUUUAGCAGGAGUAAAAACCUUCAAGAAGCCGGUUACUUUCUCCUCGGGUCUUGAUGUAACGGGUCUAGUUGAUGGUGUUGACUUGAAGCAACUCUUUGAUUCUGCCCUUUACUUGGACAAGCCAGGACAAGUGGUAACAGGAAGGAAGACCUUCACUGGGACCGUGUCUGCUGGAGAACUAGAUGUACAGGGUAGGGUAUCUGGUGUGGACUUCAACAAGGUGCUUACCAACUCUGGUGACCAAGCCUUCACUGUUCCACAGAAGUUUGCAGCAGCCUCCUUUGGUGCUCUGGAUAUUAACCAAAUAGAUCUGUCAGAUGGCUUCACAGUGAAUGGGGUUGACCUUUCCGUGCUAGAUGGCAUUCGCAUGAGCCGUAAGAACCCUACUCCCCACUCGGGUGUUCUAACUGUAAAUGGAAUGGUCUCUGUUCUUGGCUCAUUUGAUGCAGUAAACAUUGAUGGGCACAACGUUGCACAGCUGAAGAACAACAUUGUCACAGAUGAUGCAGACUCCACCAUCUUGUCGGAUGUUAGCUUUGCAAGCCUAACUGUAAAAGAAUCUGUCGGUACAGCUAACAAGGCUGGUGCUAAUGGCAAGAAUAUAAGCAGAAUCCAUGAAAAUGCAGUCUUCCUGGAAGGUAACAAUGCCAUGACAGGAUCUGUGACCUGGAGUGACCUUGACCUGCAAGGUGAUGUUGACGUUGGAGGCCUUGUCAAUGGAAAGGACCUGCAAGUUGUACACAACAAUGCAGUGUACAAAGAUGCCAGCUCUGUCCAGAUAACUGGCAAGAAGACCUUUGCAGAAUUUUCUGUUAAGGGAAAUAUUGAUACUGCAACAACAAAUGGAAUCGACCUAGGUACACGACUACUAACCCUAGACACGGACCAGGAUGUCACGGCACAAUAUGAGUUCUUCUCUCUGAAUGUGGAAAAGAAUCUUACUCUUGGUGGAACAUUUGAUGCAGUAGACCUUGAAGCCUUGGAUAGCAUAGCUCUGAAACAAAGCUUGGAUGAGACUAAUGACAUCAUGUUCGAAGGAGUACAAGCAGAAAAUGUGAAUCUUGAUGGCCACCUAAAUACAGUAAAUGUAAAUGCCAGGUUAAACGAUGCAGUGAGGCUCCAAGCACAGGACUUGGAAAUUUCUGGUAGAAAAACUUUCAUUAAGAACACCACCUUCAAGGGACUUGAUGUUAAAACCCUAAAUGGCAAGAACUUGGGUUACUAUUUGAGCCAUGCUGUAAGAAAAAAUCUACCCAUUACACUUUCAUCAAAUAUUAAAGUAAAUGGGUUGGUGAGUGCACCAGCUGUGACUGCAAGCUCUCUAACUAUCGAGGGAACUGUGGAUAAUAUAGAUUACAAGACUCUAAUGACCAAUGUGGUUCUACUGGACGACUCCAAGAGUCAUGGUAUAACAUUGGUCUUCAAAAAUGACCUCUCGGUGAAAGGUGCCCUUGGAGCUACAAGCCUUAAUGGCUUUGACUUGGCAACAAACUACCUUACUACAAAUACUGUGCAGAAUCUUUCUCCAAAUGUGGAAUUUGGGAACAUUGCAACUGGUGGUAUAUCGGUUGAUGGACUGGUCAACACAAAGAAACUGCCAGAUGAAGUUGCAAAUACUCUAAAUGUAAAUGGUGGGCAGACUGUAACGGGUAUGAAGAGCAUAACUGGACUAGUUGAAGUAGCCAACAAUGUUGAAGUGACUGGCAACACUAACAAUAUAAAGAUGGCUACAGAGGCAGUAUAUCUAUCUGGACCGUCUACCAUUAAUGGCCGCCUGAAGUUCUCAAAUGGCUUGACCACUUCAUCACUGACAAGCAGCACCAAUGUAAUAAGUGACCUUGAUAUGAGUGAUCUCUCCCUUAAUGCAUGGUAUUACAAUGAAAGUGCCAUUAUUUCGGCAAAAAUGACAUUAGAUUCUCCUGUUACUAUGAAGGACUCGUUAACAAUUACUGGCACACUUGAUGAAUUUAAUAUUGGACAAGUGUAUAAUGAUGCAAAACAAGCACUGAACCAGUACUCUACUUACAACGAAGGGAUCAAGAGCGAGUAUGCUGUUAAGUGCCCUCUCAUCCUGGAAGCUUAUGAAGAUACUGAAAAAGCCAUAUUUGAUGCAGAUUACUUCAGUCUUGUGCAAGACUUUACUCUUGCUAAAAGGCAUCAUGCCUCUACAACUUUCAGGGCUUCAGACAUUACAUAUGUAAUCAUAAGCUGGGAGGAUGAAUGCAGCUCAACAAUGUACAGGUUUGAAGAAUCCUCGGGACAACUUGUUGAAGCCCAAACACUUGCUGUGUCAGGAUAUGGUAGAGACUGGUUAGCAGUUGAGCAAGGUCAAGAGGUCUUCUUGGUGAUGGCUGCAACAAGUGAAGGGAAUGCCUGCACUAAACAAAAUAGUGUUGUCUGGAAAAUGUCUAAUGGUGCACUAUCGGUGUACCAAGAUCUGCUUCCUGGAACAAGUGUUUCUGCAAGUAAUGGUAUUCUAUAUGUAACGGCUCCAAAUGCUACCCACUCUUAUAGCUUUGAUAGUAAAACUUUGCUCUUCAACCUAAUUAGUACUGAUGCUGCUGAAAUGGAUUCUGCAUUGCUAUCUAAAACUGGACACCUUGUGACUGCAAUGAAAAAGCAGGACCAACUUGUCCUAAUGGUACAAGGAAAUGAGGUCUCAUCCUUAAGAGUAAAAGUUGAUGACUUGGUGCUAUUCGAACAGUAUGGCAAAAUACUGUUACUGGCAGCAGUAACCAGGAACCCUCUCUCGGGAAUCGAACAUCACCUGGAGCUGUACAGCAUGGAUCCACAUGCAAUGACUCUGAAUUGGUUGGACUCGAAGCCAUUGUAUGAAGCAGCUACACUAACUACCUUCUACAGUGGAAAUGCAGCUAAUGGAAAAACCAUGGCUGUAGUUGUGCAAGAAAGCUACUACCCAACAGUUUAUGCAGUACUUGGCUCCGAGUUGAGGUUCUUCGCAGAUCUUCCUACUCCCAGAGUAACCUGGGCUCAGCACCUUAGUGUGCCCAAUGAUGUCUUCCCAGAGGUCCAAGAGCAUUACCUGCUUGUGGGCAGAGGCACCUCUACAAAACUUCUAUACCUUGAAAUGAAUGGCUUGACGCAUGAAGCCUCAGACCGCACAUGUCACGUGGAUUCCUUUAAAUAUCCUGAAUUGAUACCGCAAGUGUAACUAAAUUUUAACAUUUUAUUAAACGGUUAU